UCUCUUCUUCACCUUUUUGUUAAGAGAAGUUGCAGAGACUUUGAGAGUGGCCAUGGAGGCUUCUCCAAAUCUACAACUGCACCAUUAUAUAUGUAUAUAUGUAUGUGUGUGUAUAUAUAGAUAUGCCUAUCUCCAUAGCAAAAAUAGACUAUUUUUAAAAUAAAUAAAAAAAAUUAAAAUAAAAAGCCAUCUUUUAGAUCUUACUAUACGUGGACAGGUGACUUCUGUUCCUUUCUCUUCCUCGUUAUCAUUGCAUCUCUCUCUCUCUCUCUCUCUCUCUCUCUCUCUCUCUCUCUCUGUAUGGGGUCUUUAGCUUUUGCUUUCUUUCAUCAGUUCAUAUGAUCGAGAACACGUGCAGAGAUUAGAUUCAGCUUGAACGAUCGCUUCACUUCACCGCCGUUUUAUUUUCCAAGGCCACGUGAUUCACCGGAAACCUUGGAUUUCCCGGCGGAGAAGACGGAGACCGCGGCGGCGGCGGAGGAUUAAGCUUUGCACAAGAUGGUCCUCACGAAUUCUGCAACUUACGUCCACUUCAACUCCGUCGUCGACCAAGACCCUCCUCCAAGCUCCUCCUCUGCCGCCGCAUCCUCCACCGGAAACCUCCUCGCCUCACCCCACGCGCCGCCGCAACGUUUCCACGGCUACCGAAACAACAACGUUCCAUCAGCUGUGUUGCAUGGCUUCAUCCCGCGCGUGUAUGGCACGCCCAUAGAGGCGGCGCGUGAGGCGACACGCGCUUACCAGCAGGGGCUCUCACUCAGCCUCUCCUCCGAGCAGCAGCAAAAGUCGAGGGACAGCAUCUUGGCCUCGAAUCUUCAGGGAUUUGUGUCGAGAUCCAAGUACUUAAUGGCUGUUCAAGAGCUUCUUAAAGAGGUUGUUAGUGUUAAUGAUAAUAAGACAGGGACUGAGAACAAGAAUGGUAUAAGCUUGUCGUCCAAGAGAACCGGCGAUGACGUGGACGAAAAAACCACCGGAGAAUCCGCCGGAGGUGAGGAAACUGGCGGCAAGGCUGCGGCGGAGGGACAAGAGAUUCAGAUGAAGAAAGCAAGGCUAGUUAUCAUGCUUGAUGAGGUGGACCAAAGGUACAAGCAAUACAACAACCAGAUGAAGAUGAUAGUGUCGUCCUUCGAACAGGUCGCAGGCUCGGGUUCGGCCAGAACGUACACAUCUCUCGCUCUCGAGACCAUCUCCAAGCAAUUCAGGAGCUUGAAAGACGCCAUUAUCGGUCAGAUCAAAGCUUUCAGCAAGUACUUAGGCCAAGAAGAGCCCAAGCUUAAGUUCUUGGACCAUAACCUUAGGCACGGAAUGGUUCAACAGAGCAACAAUGCUUGGAGGCCUCAACGUGGAUUGCCCGAGAGAGCGGUCACUGUUCUCCGAGCCUGGCUCUUCGACCAUUUUCUUCACCCAUAUCCGAAGGAUUCAGACAAGAUUAUGCUGGCUAAACAAACCGGUCUGACCAGGAGCCAGGUGUCGAACUGGUUCAUAAACGCUCGUGUUCGUCUCUGGAAACCGAUGGUGGAAGAGAUGUAUGUCGAAGAAACGAAGGAUCAAGACAAGAACAACGAUUCCACAAAGGAGAAGAUCAGCCCGAACGUGAAUCAAGACGAAGAUUCGAUGCCUAAAUCGGUUGGUUACAUCGCUAAGCAAGAGAAGAUCCCUGUUUCUGAAGUUCCACAGAACAGUUUCAUGAACAACAAUGGCCAUAGCAGCAGCAUCUCAAUAUCUGUUCCUCUAAGCGCCUCGGUUUCAGAAACUGGAUUCUCGAUCUUGGGAGUGUCUGAAUUCGAAGGAAACAUGCAAGGGAACCCGAAAAAACUGCGUACAGACGAACUCUUGCACUCUCCAGAGCUCGUCCCCUCCAUGGAAAUGGAUGCUGACAAGGUUGGAGAAGUGAGGAAUGACAACAUUUCCCCGAGAUUCAGAGACGAGAAAGAGUUUCCGUUUUUCGCAAACAACACAAACUUCAUCGGAGGUUUCGGGCCAUACCCCAUUUGCGAAACCGGGAGAUUCGAGGCCGAGGAAUUCACACCGAGUUAUUCAGGCAACAUCAAUGGAGUUUCCCUCACGCUAGGUCUCCCUCACUGCGAAAGCUUCUCGGUUUCAGCAACGCAUCAGAACUUCUUCCCAAAUCAGAACAUUCAGAUCGGUCGGAACGUGGAAAUGUCUGAACCAAACGAGUUUGGUGCCUCUGAGCCUCGAACUUCACCAGCUGCAUACAACCCAAUCAAUCUGCAGAACCAGAGGAGGUUCCUGUCACAGUUAUUACCAGACUUCGUUACCUGAUGAUACAUUGCAAGAUGGAUAAGGAAACAAGAACAGUGGGUUCGGACACUUACUGCUCUCUUCUCGUUUCUUGGGGAACAAGGAAACUGUUACGGUAUACAUAGUAUAGCUCUAUACGUCUCAUCGAAUGAUUUGAGAAGGAAUCACUAUUAGGAAAAUCCAGGGUUUAGCAUAAUUUGUAAGCUGUAUUCGGUAGACCAAAACAAAAGCAUUGGUUACAAGAAACUAAGUCUGUAAUAUAUAGAUCCACAAAAACAGAGAUGAAACAGAGCAAGAACUCUUCCCUAA